GUGCGUUUUCCGGGGUUCCACUUGAUGCAAUCGUGCUGAAAUUGAUGCGCCGCGGUUUGGUGCUUUAACCGGAGGACGGAGGGUUAGGUGAUCUACAGCAGUUGGUGUGUGCGGCGGAGACAGGGGGAUUUAUUGGAUGAAACGGUUAAGGUGUUUUUCAGCCCACCCUUGCAGCUCACAAUCGCCCUUUUGAGGAACAUCAUGGCUAGUGCCUCUCCUCCUCCAGCAUCGGGCUCCUCACCCACCGACACUACAGCCACCGGCUCCAGUGGCCAAGCAUCAGGAGAAAGCAGCAGCCAGGACAGCACGUUUGAAUGUAACAUCUGCUUGGACACUUCCAAGGAUGCAGUAAUAAGCUUGUGUGGACACCUCUUCUGUUGGCCCUGCUUGCAUCAGUGGUUGGAAACAAGGCCAAAUAGACAGGUGUGUCCAGUAUGUAAAGCAGGCAUCAGCCGAGACAAGGUCAUCCCACUGUAUGGGCGAGGCAGCACCGGCCAGCAGGACCCGAGAGAGAGAACUCCUCCCAGACCACAGGGGCAGAGACCGGAGCCUGAGAACCGUGGGGGAUUUCAAGGAUUUGGCUUUGGAGAUGGCGGCUUCCAGAUGUCCUUUGGUAUUGGAGCGUUUCCUUUUGGCAUUUUUGCUACAGCGUUCAACAUCAAUGAUGGAAGGCCACCUGCAGCUGCUCCUGGUACCCCUCAGCACAUGGAUGAACAGUUCCUGUCCCGCCUCUUCCUGUUUGUGGCGCUGGUCAUCAUGUUUUGGCUUCUGAUUGCAUGAAAACGGUUAUGAACUCAUGACUGGACGCACGGUGACCGGCGCUGGUGUUACAGACAGUGAUUAUGGAGGUGGUCUGAAGUUUCUGUGGAGGAAAUACUUUCACUUUUCUCUCGGCCGUCAGAUUCGGCUGAUUUUAAAUGAAAUGUGUUCAGACACGUGGAUUCUUUCGUGUGAAGGAGAUGAAUCGUGUGUCUGUGAUUGCAUGACUGUGGUCAGUUCAGUACAGAAAACUGUAAAAAAUGUGAUUUAAUGGAAUUUUACUGUUAAUCUCUCCUCUUGUUGGCUUUUCCUCUCAGAUUGUAAUUUUAAAUAAAACCCAGAGUCUUAUUUGUCUUAA